AUAUUGAGUUAGUAGCUGAAGCUAAAAGUUUACCAGGUCAAAGAAUAGUCCCAGCUGCUGUUGCUUGUAAAGGUCGUCCCGUAGCUUAUCAUUCCUCGGUUUCUAGAUCAGCUAAAGCUUGUAAAGCACGUGUUACUUAUUCUUCUUCAGAAAUAGCAGCAAUAUUUUCUUUAAGUGAUAAGGAUGAGUCGCAAGAUUUUUUACACUCUCCGUCUUCGGGUGCUUAUUUUUCCGGUGAAAUUAGUGAAUCUUUUGAACCUAUGUCUCUUACGUAUUUGAAUGUUUCUUUAUCCGAUGUAAUUAUUGAUUCAUUUGCACCAGUUUUACCAACUAUUUCUGUAAAAUCGAAACCUCCAAAGAUUGAAACCCUUUAUAAGUUUCUCGAUUUCCAAUCAUUUGAUGGUUCAUUUUUAAUAUCUACUACAUUUUAUUCUUGGUUUGGUAAAAAUGACUUUAAAGAUUUUGAAGUUAUUGGAGUUGAAAAUGAAAAGGUAUUAUGUUUGGCAUUGGCAAUAGCAUAUUUGGAAAUUAUAAUGUUUGAAACAUUUAAGGAUGAAUGUGAGAUGUGUUAUGGAAAAGCUAAAAAAGCUUUGAAAAAAGAAGUUGGUGAUGAUGAACAAAAGAUUCAUGAAAUUUUGGAAAAAGUUAAAGAAUGGGUUAAAAAGUGGGCAGAUGAAUAA